UUUUACAUUAAGAUCUCAUUUUUAUAGAUCAUUUGCUUCAAAAACUGCUGUGAAUUAUGAAGAGCUAGCCAUUGUCCAUAUCAGUGCCACAUACAACAACACUAUCCUGACAAUAACAGAUCAUGCUGGUAAAUCUCUGUUUUGUUAAAUAACCCAUUGAGCACUCUACCCUUGAUGAGUAAAAUUGUCUGGCAUUAAGGCGGAUUUCCAGUCCUCGCAUGAAGCUCCUCGCAGCUCGCUGUGAUCGAAUGAUGCAUGAGCACUUUCAUCCAAUCAUAAUGCUAAACAGUUCAUUUUAAUUAGAUGCAAGCACUCGCAGCGAGCUGCAAGGAGCUUCGUGAGAGGACUGGAAAACCGCCUUUAGACAGAGUAAAAUAACAAAGUAGGGUGCUUUAGGAUGCAAUGCCACUUGAAGGGAAUUGAUCAAUUUUGGAUUGGUUUAUUUUAGGCAGCACUUUAGGAUGGAAGUCUGCAGUAAGUAUAGAGGCAUUGCAAUUUAUUAGGCAUGGCUGACAUAAAUAUUUUUUUAUGAAAUUACUUACCAAAUGAGUAUACCUCACAAAUGUUAACAAAAUCAAUUAUGUGUAAGGUAUAAUUAUUACAGUAAGAAGUAUGAUCAACAAUAAUCCUUUUGCAGGGGAGUGAAGGAUUCAAAAAUGCAAGAAGAGGGACUAAUUUUGCUGGUCAACAAGCUGCAAUUGCAGCUGCAAAGGUAAUUCAUAUGUUUUCAAAAUAUAUAGACACGGCACGAAGAUAUGACUUUUAUCUUCGAGUGGUGAAAACACUAUUUUUUACGAACGAGGGCAAGCCACCAUGUAAUGUUCUUUCUGUUUAUUAUAUAGUCCCAAGCAAAAAAUUGUAUAAAUACUAAAAGUCACAUGAUUAAUAUCUCUACUGGUGAAGAUAUGGAAAAUAUCUCGCUGUGUAUUUUUCAGUAUCUCGCUCUCUACUAUAUAAUAAAACAGCAUAUAAUUUUCGUACUACACAGUUUACUGUUGCCAGCUGAUUCAAUUAAAGUGACACUCUCAAAGUCAAAACCCUCAACCUCUAAGCGCGAAUAAAUGAUGGAUGUGCAUGCAAUAAUGUAAUUCAUACUUCUGACAUUCCAUAGUUACAGUUGCUGCGUCCCACAAGUUGUUUUACUUUUGCAUAAAAAAGCAAUUUAUAAUUUGCAAAUUUUUUCGCUUGUUUAACCCAAUUCAGUAGCACACCCGGCAAAAUUCAUGGGAUUUUAUAACUUAAAGUUGAAGAAUGUUGUUUGUGAGCAUGCUUAACUCCUUUGGGAAUUAAAUUCACUUGAUCGAUUAGCAUAAAUAUUAGACAUAUACUUCAAAAGCAAAAUAUAAUAACUAGAUCAUGCUAACAUGCAUGGAUAAACAAUCGCGUAAUAAUACACGCCCAUGGUGCAUUUUGCGCUCAGAGGUUGACUGGUCGAAGGUUUUGACCUUCAGAAACAACCUUAAUUGAAUUAGCUGUAUUUGAAAUUCUACUUGUGUUGAUGGAUUGUGGCUGUAAGUAUGUAAACAGUACCCACAAUCUAAUUGUCAUGUGGUCUGGAUACUCAAUUCAAAGCAUCUUUAAAAAGCUACAAUUUUAUGUUAAGAAAACAUCACUUGUGCACAAAUCUUUUGAAAUUUUGCUGAUUUAGAAUUCAACUUGCAAAGAAAAGUUUUGAGUUUCCAAACCAUAUCUAUGUCCUAUUAAUUGUUUGAUUCACUAUUGGAAGUCAACUGGAUGUCAAUUUUGUAAACUUCCUUCCAUUAACAGAAAGCUUUAGAUCUUGGAAUAACGCAAGUCCGGGUAAAAAUGAAAGGACUGGGACCAGGUCGCAAGGUAAGCAUUUACAAUUAUUAUUUUACUGUUCUUUGGACUUAAAUCACAGUGGUUAGUCCAUUGAGCAUCAUGCAGCCCUUGCCCCUUGAGAGUAAAAUCAUCUGGUGUUAGACUGAGUGAAAUAACAAAGUAGGUCGCAUUGGGGUGCAGUGCAACUUAAUGGGUUAAUAAACAAAAUGUUUUCCGUUAGGAUUUUUUGCUAGGUCACUUAUUGAAGUCCUGUUUUACUUUUGUGUUUUUUAGUCUUCAGUAAAAGGUCUUGAAUUAGGAGGACUCAGUGUAUUCUCAGUCACAGAUGUUACGCCAAUACCACAUAACGGCUGUAGACCAAGGAAAGUGAGACGACUUUAGGUGAGAAUAUGAUGAAGAAAUUGAUGAUGAAUUCCAACUCCUCAAGGGAACGGAGUUGUGUACUGUACAGUAUAUCAGUCCGACGGACUAUAUUAGUCAGACAUUGUCAGAUCUCCAAUUAAGGGUGAACGCCUAAGAUACAAUUCAGCCAUUCUGAAGUCGGUUGUUGAAAAGUCCGCAUAUACAGUGUUCCUAAAGACUGUCUGAAUGAAGACACGAACUUCGAGAAACAUAAGAAGAAACUGGUUGCUUAUUAUUAAUUUUAUUUCAAGUGAAUCAUUAGAGUACUAAUUGAUGAAUUAUAAUCCAAGGUACAGAAUGUUGCGAGUGACCAUUUACUGUUAAAUGACCUUAAAUGUAACGCCAAUACACCCUUCAGGAAAGUAGGUCACUUUGGCUAUACGGCCUCGUUUUCGAGCGAAGGCCCUUCAAAUUAGUAGCACUACUAGUAGCAAAAUACUGACAUUAAUAUUUAACGAAGCCUAUUCCUUCGUAAUUGUCGCUUUUUAGACCUAAACUGCUAUACCCUUAUGUUACCGAAGCUUGUAAUACAUUUGCGUUCAACACUCUGCGUCUUUUUACGCGCAAAAUCUAUUUGUCGA